GUUGAGUGUGGUGGGGUGGGCAGAGAGUGGGCCAAAACCCACCACGCACCAGAAUUCUCGGCUUGGAGCCUUCAUUUCCCGCGCUCUCAGGAAAGGCCGCCAGAGGGCGCCUGCCUGGGUCUGGCUGCGACGGCCGGGUGGCCGUGGGAAGCCCACAUCUGCCCAGCAGGUGCCCCAGCCUAGAGCAAACAGGGGGCCGGGAGCCCCGGGUCCUUGGAGAUAAGACCUGGACAGGAUAUAUCCCGCGCGAGGGUCGGGGUGCUGGGGUGAGCAGGUUCCGGGGACGGCGUCACUGCACGCGCCCGGGGGGCGCCCUCGGAGAGCAGCCAUGGAUCCCGCGCAGGCAGCAGACCCCUCAGCGCCCCCGGACUUUUUGACUCACCUGAGCCUGCCGGACAGCUCAGAGGCGCGGCUGCAGAGCGGAGCCGACGGGCGGAGCCUCCCAGGCAGUUGGACCAGGUCAUCCCCAGAGCAUGCCACCAUCCUGAGGGAAGGGGUGCGCGGGUGCCUGCAGCAGCAGUGUGAGCAGACGGUGCGGAUCCUGCAUGCCAAGGUGGCCCAGAAGUCCUAUGGAAACGAGAAGCGGUUCUUCUGCCCUCCACCCUGCGUCUACCUCUCCGGUCCCGGCUGGAGGGUGAAGCCAGUGCAGGGCCAAGUUCACCAGGCAGGGGAGACGGGGCCCACGGUCUGCGGUUACAUGGGACUGGACGGCGCGGCCGGCAGCGCCGCGGAAACGCAGAAGUUGAAUUUCGAGGAGCAGCCGGACUCCAGGGAAUUCGGUUGCGCCAAGACCCUGUACAUCUCGGACGCAGACAAGAGGAAGCACUUUCGGCUGGUGCUGCGGCUAGUGCUGCGCGGGGGCCGGGAGCUGGGCACCUUCCACAGCCGCCUCAUCAAGGUCAUCUCGAAGCCCUCGCAGAAGAAGCAGUCGCUGAAAAACACGGACCUGUGCAUAUCCUCGGGUUCAAAGGUCUCCCUCUUCAACCGCCUGCGCUCCCAGACGGUCUCCACACGCUACCUCUCUGUGGAGGACGGGGCCUUUGUGGCCAGUGCCAGACAGUGGGCAGCCUUCACGCUGCACCUGGCUGAUGAGCACUGUUCCCAAGGGGACUUCCCACCUCGGGAGGGCUACGUGCGCUACGGCUCCCUGGUGCAGCUCGUCUGUACUGUUACCGGCAUCACACUACCUCCUAUGAUCAUCCGCAAAGUAGCCAAACAAUGCGCACUCCUCGACGUGGAUGAGCCCAUCUCCCAGCUGCACAAGUGUGCAUUCCAGUUUCCAGAUGGUCCUCCAGGAGAGGGUGGCACCUACUUAUGCCUUGCCACAGAGAAGGUGGUGCAAUUCCAGGCCUCUCCCUGCCCCAAGGAGGCGAACAGAGCGCUGCUCAACGACAGCUCUUGCUGGACCAUCAUCGGCACGGAGUCGGUGGAGUUCUCCUUCAGCAGCAGCCUGGCGUGCACGCGGGAGCCCGUCACCCCGGUGCCCCUCAUCAGCACCCUAGAGCUGAGCGGCGGGGGCGACGUGGCCACGCUGGAGCUCCACGGAGAGAACUUCCACGCGGGGCUCAAGGUGUGGUUCGGCGACGUGGAGGCAGAGACCAUGUACAGGAGCCCGCGGUCCCUGGUGUGUGUGGUGCCCGACGUAGCGGCCUUCGGCAGCGACUGGCGCUGGCUGCGCACGCCCAUCACAGUGCCCGUGAGCCUCGUGCGCGCCGACCGGCUCUUCUACCCCAGUGCCUUCUCCUUCACCUACACCCCCGAGUACAGCGCGCGGCCGGGUCCCCCGGGCGCCUCCGAGCCCGCUGCCGACGCCGACACGCUCCUGGAGAGCAUCCACCAGGAGUUCACGCGCACCAACUUCCACCUCUUCAUCCAGACUUAG